AUGAUUAGAAAUACGGACCGCGCUCCGCUGUCCGCCCUACCCAAUCAGUUCUUGUUCUUCAUUCUUGCACCCUUCUCACUCACUUCUGUCCUGCUCAAUACGGCCUACGUUGCGGUAUUUCUGUUAAUCUUGAUUGUGCAGUCAAUAAACCAGAAUGCUACGCCGGACAAUCGCAUCCGGGAGAUCCUGCCUCGAAUGCAGUCGCCGAAAGAUCAAAUGCGCUCUCGAAGCCCGGAUUCAGCGAAUGCCGAGGUCACGAAUCGGCUUGAUAGAAUCGAGGAAGCGCUACGAGUGCUAGGCGAGGAUUUGGGUCAGAUCCGAGAUUUACUACAGAUUGUUAAGCCUUCGGCCACAAUUAGAACCCCGAGUAAUGGCGAAGUUCUCCCAUCGAGGGAGGCCGAUGAACAGUUGGAUCAUAGAAAACGCGUUGAUAUUGGCCAUUCAUUGGAAAGCGAAAGAGAGCGACCGCGUCGUGCAGUUAACACUUCUGAUGAUGCAAAAUGGCCAGCCGAACAGCAGCAUCCAUCACCUGUCAUGGUAUCCAUACUGUGGCGUUGGUACUUGGAUACCGUCGAUCCCGUACUGAAGGUAUCCCAUACGCCUAGUGUUCAGAAAGACGUUAUGCGAGUUAUCAAAGAAGACACCUUUGGGGACGUGGCAAAACAAUGUUUGCUCUUCGCGAUCUUCUACGCUUCAAUAAUCAGUAUGCCUUCUACUACCUGCCUGGACAAGCUCGGUGAAGACAAGCCAACGCUAUUGGAACGAUACCGCAACAAUGUCGAGCGCGCAUUGGCACGAGUGGACCUUUCGGACUCUUCAGAUAUAACCCUUUUACAAGCCCUUACCUUAUAUCUUACCUGCACGCGAUUGGACAGCCACGGCCCCUCAAUCAAAGCCUACCUCCCUACAGCCAUCAACAUGGCAUACCGGCUAAACCUCCACCGUGAUGGCACGCUGCAGAACAGUUCAGUAUUGGAGACAGAAAUACGUCGUCACCUCUGGUGGCAGCUCGUCACCCUUGACCUCCGAACCGCGGAAGACCACAACACAACCCCCUAUAUCCUCGAACCAUCCUUCACCACACAGCUUCCCUCCAUCGUCGUUGACGCAGACCUCCCAUCCCCAAGCACAUCCAUUGCCACUACAUCCAGCACGUUUUUCCAACUGCUUCAUUUCGAACUCAGCUCCUUCACUCGACGUAUCAUAUUCUCGGAAACCUUCAACCAAGCAAACGAUUACCCAACUUUGUCCCCGAUACAGAAGCACCAAGCCAUCAACGCCUUCCGCCAAUCCCUUGAAAGCCGAUAUUUCUCUCACUGUAGUUCCAUCAACGCCCUAGAAUUCAUAACAGCGGCAACUGUUCAACUCUUCCUUGUGAAAAUGAAAUUGUCCGUGUGUAAACCCGGACACAAUUUUCGGCCUAUCUGUGUAGAGGUUCUUCAGCGAGCAUUAGCUCUGAGGGAGCAUGAGCUGGGACAAAAGUGGCUUUGGUUGGUUCAAAGAGACAUCGAGUGGGGGAUGUUGGAGUUGUUGCUAAACGAUCUGUGUGCAGAAGGGAUGAAUGAGGGAAGAGACGAGGCGUGGAGGGUUGUGGAGCAGGCAUAUGGGUAUUGGAAGGGAGAUGAAUCUACACGGGAGCCUAUUAAGUGGAACAUUAUUGAGGAUCUAAGGACUCGAGCGUUGUAUGUUCAGGAUAACGAGGGCGAGGUCUCUAUGAAUGAUGUGCCGAAUGGAUCUGAGCCGGUACCGUACACGGACUACCAAGUGCCGGUGGAGGAGCUUGCUGAAGGUACUGGAACUGUGGAACUGCCAGGUGAUGGGACUGUGUGCGAGUGGAGUAUGGAGGCGUUUGAGCAGUAUUUUCGGGCGCUGGGUGCCGGGGACGAUAUGUCGAAUGUGCUUUAAGCUGUUAGCUUGUACAGACGAGUGCAUUUCUAGAUGGAGCUAGAUAUGAUUUGGGCGUGUAAUGGUGGCCUCUAUAGUGAAAUGAAAUACAUGAUUUCAUUCGGCGCAACAUGCACUGCUUUACCCUGGACUUAUAAAAUUGCGGUGGUUCCUAUCUUAGCGAGGGGGAGAGGGACUGCCCUUUCGGUAUGCAUUGAUUGGGUUGUGAAUGUUUGGCUCCGGUUGUUCAUGCCUGAAGCGCUGAAUAAGACUGCUUGGAAGAUAAUAUUUUGCUUUUGGGGGUGUUUGCAUUGCAACUUCUAUUGUUAUUGUUUUGUUUCAUCCAGAGACUGCGUAGCGGUCGCUUGAGGAGCUUGAUCUGUUGUUCACGCCGAACCGGUGUAAGCUGGUUUGUUAGGACUGGGAGGCUUGUCAGAAAGGGUCAUUGCUGCAUCGUGAUUU